GUUGCGUGGCGACUGGAUAUGGAUGGCAAUUUGGAGAAUUAACGUUUACGAACAGAACCGAUUGGAACAGUAACAGAAAAAGAAAUCAGCAUGGCAAAGAACCCCUGAUUCAUUCAUCAACAGAAAACCAAUCUCCGGAUUUUUUCUCGAAGAAGAAGAAGAACAUAACGUAAUUAUAAUUAAUUAAUUAUGGCAGAGGAAGAAACCGGAGAAGGACAACACGGAAGCUAUCUCGCGGCUCCUGUAAUCUUUCUCGUUGUUGCCUUUUUCCACUUGCUCACAAGGUGGCUCGAACACUUGAGGAGGAAAGCAUCUAGGAGUGAUUCGGAUGUUCAGUUGCGUGCAGAAAUAAAGCGUCUUUUGAAAGAGGCGACCUCCUAUUCACAGCCAUCAACGUUUGCUCAAGCUGCAAAACUUAGGAGAUUGGCAGCUGCGAAGGAGAAGGAACUUGCAAAUUGUCAAGAAAUGCGCAAGAAGCAGAUGAAGCUGUCUUAUGAUUUGUACCUAAAAAUAGUAUUUAUCUUAAAGAUUGCAACGUAUGUCCUGCUGACUUGCUGGUUUUGGAGGACUCCUGUUGCUGCAAUAUCUCAUAAGCUGGUGCAGCCCUUCGGAAAGCUGCUAUCCUUGGGUGCUGGACAUCAUUUAAAUGAUAAUGUACUGGUUGGAAUUAUACCUUGGUUGAUAUUAUCUACCAGGGUUAGCAAAUUUGUCUGUCAAGUCUUCUAGUAGACUGAGGAUUUUGAACGAUUUGCAUAUCUUCGCCAUAAAAGAAAAAAAAGAAGUAAUGCUGUUCUCCAAUUACAUUCAAAGCAUGAGAAGGCUCAGGAAUUUGGCAUCAUUUCUUCCCAUGUCUUGAACUUUUGUUGUUUAUUUAUUCUGUAUAAAUCCAGUUUUGGUGUAGUAAGUUGAAAAUUAGCCUCUUGUAACACAUUCUCUGUACUUCUGGAAAACUUAGAGCAAGAAAAAGGAGAAAGAUGUGCUCUGAGUGUGUGGCAGAUGGAUUUUUAUUUGUUUCUGAGACAAUGAACAUCAUUGUUCAUCAUUUCUAUGCUCUCCUUAAAUUUCAUUAUAGUAAAUUCUUUUAUUUUUGGUUUCA